AUGCUUAACUUUCCGACGGAGAUCAUAGAGAACAUACUUGAUCGAUUACCGAUUGAGGCAGCUUUACGAGCAAAACGGGUAUGCAAAACAUGGAGUAUUUUCCUCCGUAAAAAGACUGAUAAGGUGGGUUUGCUUUUCGCUGAAUCAUAUUUGGAUGAAAACAGAAACAAACUAUAUUAUGGCGAUCAGUAUGAUCCUACUCGUGGCAAGAUGAACUACAAUUAUUCUUAUGAUAACAGACUUGAUAAGAUGCGCAAGGGCAAACAUUUUGUGGGUUAUGGAUACAUGGAAAACAUGGUUGGGUCAUGCAAUGGUUUGGUUUGUAUCCGAAGCCGAUAUCCUGAAUUCGUAAAACCUUUCUUAAUUUGCAAUCCCAUUACAGGAGAAGUUGUCUAUGCUCCUAAACCUGAUAAAUCUAUAGCGCGAGAAUGUAGACCCACUGACACUAGUGGGUUUGGUUACUGUCAUUCGAAGAACGAGUACAAGAUUGUUAGAAUGCACUACCAAGGACAAAAAAGGUCUCAUGUUCUAGUCUAUUCUGUAGGCGGUAGUGUGUGGAGAAGCAAAGGGUUCAUCCGUGUUGGAUCCACCCCAUGUUUCCCCAUCGAAUUCAGCAGGAAUCUACGCAAAUGGAACUCUUCAUUGGCUAUACCGUAA